AUGAAUCCUUUAAUUGUAGAUCUUUCAAAAACUCCUGAGAUUCAUCCAUCAGUUAAUCUGGUAGCAGAUAUGGAUGAUUCAAGAUAUGAUGCUUGGAAGUUUUCUUUAAUUGGUCAUCUAGAUUUUGUCCAUCUUAAAUUUUCAGAUGCUGCUACUAGUUUGAGAAAUCAAUGGAAGUUGAAGGAUAAAUACCAACUUAUUCCAUUGGGUAAAGGUUUUUUCACUAUCAGAUUAUCAAAUAUUGAAGAUAAGAACUAUAUUACUACUGGUACUUGGGAGGUUCAUGAUCAAAUUCUUAGAGUAGGGAAUUGGAGUCCAAACUUCAGACCUGAAAGUCAGAGGACAUCAAAAGCCAUGGUAUGGGUUCAAUUUCCUGGUCUCAGUCUGGAAUACUGGGAUGAAGCUACACUAUUUACUAUCAGUAGAGCUAUUGGAACACCUAUUAAGGUUGAUGAUGCUUCACUUCAAUAUCAAAGUGGUUAUUAUGCUAAAGUAUUGAUUGAGAUUGAUCUUUCAAAAACAAUUCCUAACAAACUUUGGAUCAUUACUAAAUUUGGUGCUUUCUCUCAAAGGGUGAUACUUAUAAAACUCCCAAAAUUUUGUACCAAAUGCAAGAUAGUUGGACAUUUAACAUCUGAAUGUAGAGCAACUCAGCAACAAGGCAGCUUUGUUCCAACGGAGAGGGAAAUCUUGAUUGAGCAGAAUCAUACUUCUCAAAAAUUACAAGCUACUCAGCAAGCCAAUCAAGGUACUUCUACAAGUAACUCUGGUAAGCCUCCCACUCAAAACAAUGUGGAAUUGGAUAAGCCUUUUCAAGAUAAUAAUGUUGAGCAUAUAACUGAAGUGAAUACUAUCAGUCCAGUUUUAGAAAGUAUUAAUCAGUCUCCUGGUAUUAACAUUACAAUUAAUCCUUUUGAAGUAUUACAAGAAAAUGAAAAUGAUCUGUCUGACUCUGAAGAUGGUGAAAUCAAAGAAGUUAGUGCUUCAAAUGUUCUUGAAUUUGCUACUAUUCCUCAAAAGAUUACUAUUAUUCCAAAAAGUGCUCAAUCAUCUGAUGAAGUAAGUUCUAGUAAGAAUGCAAAGAAAAAGCCACCUUUAAAACCAGCAGUUACUACUAGAAAAUCUAGUAAGGAGUCUCUUAAACAUAUGAUUGAUAAGGGGAGUAUCUCUCCUCCACCUCCUCCUUUUAAAUGA